AUGGAGACAUUGAAAGAUGUCCCCGAGUUUUUCGAAACGCAACUUGAUGAAUCUUUAACUGCGAGAACCGAAAGUCUAGCAUCUUUUCGUGAACUGGGUCCUCCUGACCUUUGUCAUAUAACUAAAGCCAACUCUAAACCUGGCGUGAAGGAAGUUGGGUCUUAUCAUUAUGUAUCAGGUGUUGAUGCAUCAUCUUCGGCUACAUUAGCUGCUUAUCUAAACUCCCUCACUUAUGCUUUGGAAGAGACUCAUGCUUGGUUUUCAAAAUCAGCACUUUGGCGAAUUCGAUCUGGGAUUCCUGGGGGUGUGGAAAGCUAUGUUGUAGACUUGCGGGGUGAAAGACAUGAGGCAACUCCAGAAGUGUGGCAAGAAACUUAUAUUUCAGCAAUCCUUCGCGCUAUUCUCUAUUCCGAUGAUGCCAACUAUCGAUUGGCUGGUUUCCGUAAAUUAGAUCCUAUUCCUAACCUGGAAGCUGAAAAUCAUUUUCUAGAAGCAGCAGAAAAUCUUUUUUUCAAAGGAUAUCAGUUAGGCUCUGAUCCUGAGAUUCAAGUCGCGAAUGUAGUGAGUAACCACUUAACCGCCGGAAUCAUGAAAUAUUUCAGUCAAAAUUUUAGAUUUGGGCCUGCUGUCAAUCUUUUUGAGAAAUAUAUCCUUUUCUAUCCUGAAGUAGCGGCUUUGCUAGCGCAAUCGUAUAUUGGAAUGGAUGAGGAAAUUAAGGGUGUUAAUAUUCUAUAUGAUGCUUUGAAACAAAAUGCAAUGAGCUAUCCUUUACUACACGUUCAAGCAGAUUUUUUAUUAACAAAGGGCCGAACCGAAUAUGCGCUUAAACUUGCUAAACAAGCUGUGAAUUCUGCUCCUUCAGAAUUUGUGACAUGGGCAAAAUUGACUGAAGUGUAUAUAGAACUUGACGAUUAUGAAUCGGCGUUAUUGACAUUGAAUUCUUGCCCCAUGUUUACCUAUAACGAAAGAGAUAUGCAUCGCAUGCCAACCCCUGCAAAAACUCAUCUCCCAAUCAAAACAGAGAUAGCAAAUGCUGGUCUAGAUGAAGAUAAUGGACGUGAUAAUGAGGUUGAUGUCGCUCUAUUGCGUUUACCAGCGCCUUCUCUGCGUGGAACCUUUGCGAAGGCUUAUUCACUAUUGACACGCUUGGUUUCCAAGAUUGGAUGGGAUGAACUUUUAAAAUGUCGAUCGUCAGUUUUUGUGAUGGAAGAAGAAUACAGAUUACAAAAAGCAGCUGAAGAAGAGCGACAUAAACAAACUCAGAAACAAGCUGGAAUUAAUCAAACUCGUAUCUCUGAAUCAAAAGAACUUAAGAAAGAUCAAGAAGUUGUAAAAAAAGGGCAAACAAAUAAAGUUAACAACACCGAAAAAUCUAUACCGAAAAUAACUUUAUCUAACAACACUGAAGAUGAUCAAGCUAUAAAUGAUGGAAAUGCUUCCGCGCAAGCUGAAAUUCGUGACAUUGAUCAAUCUAAUACUAAUAUUAAUGAAAAACACGCUAAUAAUGUCAAAGAUAAUGCAGAAACAAAAACUUCAGAAGCGCCUGAUGAAAUAGAACAGCAAUCAAACAAUGAAUUAGAAUCUAUACCAAAAGAAAACAAUUCAACUGAUCCAGAGACUUUAGAUGAAAUUAUCUUGGAUGAUGACGAAAAAACGAAAACAUCAGAGGAAAAUGACGCGAAAAGUGAUAAAGAAAAGGUCCCAGAGCAAAUAUCUUUUAUAGGACCUGAACUAGAAAGACCAUCUCAAGCAGCCAACGAGGAGAAAAACGAUGCCCAAAGUCAACAUGAUGAACAGAACAAGGAUGCGGUAACGAAAAAGGAUUAUGCAUUUUCUUUCAAUAACAAGCGAUUAUGUGAAAGAUGGCUUGAUAAUUUAUUUAUGGUUUUGUACGAGGAUUUAAGAGUAUAUACUGUGUGGCGCUCUGAGGUUUCUCAUUAUAAGGCUCAUGGAUUAUUGUAUCGCAAAACUGGAACAGAAUGGGAAAUCUUGGGUGAUUUGGCUUCUAGAUUACAUCAUAAGGACGAAGCGAAAGAAGCCUAUCAACGAUGCCUCGAUUUUAGAUUUUCAGCUAAAGCAUGGCUGAAAUUAUUGGAAUUUUAUGUGGAAGAGGGGGAUGUGCAACGUACGCUUGGUGCAGUAGUAAAAUUGACGGUUUAUUACGAACGAUGGUAUCAUGAAAUUAUUUAUCCAUCAAUGGUUGGAUAUAAUCUCAAUAAAUUAAUACGUAACGAAGGACUCUCCAAGAUACAUUAUAAUCUUAUCUCAAUGAAAUUAUCGCCACCUAUAUCUAAAUUAAUCUCAAG